ACUCCUCGAUCAUAGUAUCUUAUUGAGCUUGGUCCCACGUUCCUCUCUUACUCCAAACGUUACUCUUUCCAAAGAGCCACUGAAUCUCUCUCUCAUCACUCCCACCACUCCUCUCUCUCUCUCUCUUUCUCUCUCUCUACACUUCUUCUCUCCCAAACUCUCUGCACUCUCUUAAACGACAACAAUGGCUACCCAAGUGGUCCUCCUCGAUUUCUGGCCGAGCUUUUACGGCAUGAGGCUCAGAAUCGCCUUGGCCGAAAAGGGUAUCGAGUAUGAGUACAGAGAAGAGGAUUUGAGGAACAAGAGCCCUCUCCUCCUCAAAAUGAACCCGGUUCACAAGAAGAUCCCGGUCCUCAUCCACGACGACAAGCCGGUCUGCGAGUCCCUUAUCGCUGUCCAGUACAUCGAUGAGGUCUGGAACGAGAAAUCUCCAUUGUUGCCCUCUGAUCCUUACCUGAAAUCUCAGGCUCUGUUCUGGGCUGAUUAUGUUGACAAGAAGAUCUACGAUGCUUCAAGGAAAGUAUGGACAUCGAAAACCGCCGAGGAUUUGGAAGCAGGCAAGAAGGAACUCAUAGACUACCUCAAGGUGUUGGAAGGAGAGCUCGGCAACAAGCCCUACUUCGGGGGUGAAACCUUUGGAUACGUGGACGUUUCCUUUGUCCCGUUUUACAGCUGGUUUUACGCCUGGGAGACCUGUGGUAAAUUCAGCAUAGAGGCAGAGUGCCCCGAGCUGGUUGCCUGGGCAAAGAGGUGCAUGGAGAAAGAGAGUGUGGCCAAGUCUCUUCCUGACCCGCACAAGGUCUAUGACUUUGUUUUGGUGCUAAGGAAGGCGUAUGGGAUCGAAUAAGAUGGUCGCGAGAUGAUCAAGGGCUGGAUUGUUUCUCGUUUCAUUGUUCAGAGGUCGUGCAAUUGUUUUCGCUUUCUGUAUUGUGCUAAAUAAAGACACUUCGAUGUGUCUUGGAACUAGUUGUCGCGUAGUUGUUUUUGCCUUCUGUAAUGUGCGAACUAAAGACACUUCGAUGUGUCUUGGAACUAGUUGUCGUGUAGUUGUGUUUGCCUUCUAUAAUGUACGAACUAUAGACCUUUCGAUGUGUCUUGGAACUAGCUGUCGUGUAGUUGUUUUUGCCUUCUAUAAUCUACGAACUAAAGACACUUUGAUGUGUCUUGGAACUA